AUGACCAAUGGAUGUCUUACACAUCAAGGGCGCAAAAACCCUAACACUGGUUCCCUCUUUAAUGCAAGCCUUUUGAAUGAGCCUGAUUUGAUAAAUCUUUCUUGUACUGAAAAUGCAGAUAAAGUAUGUACUCCUUGCUCUCUUUGCCAGAAUAGCUCUUGUUCGGAUGUUUAUGAACUCAUGCCUCACGGAACGCUUCACGGCCACCUCCACGACGGUCUUUCUCGUCUGAGCUGGAACCUUAGGCUGAAGAUUGCGAUGCAGGCUGCAAAGGGGCUCGAGUACCUUCACAAGGAAGUUUAUUCUCCUAUUGUGCACCGUGAUGUGAAGAGUUCGAACAUUCUCUUGGACGCUGAUUGGGGAGCUUGUAUUGCGGAUUUUGGAUUUCUUACACCUAAUAAGAAGGAUCUUAAUGGAGAUGUGACAACUGAUGUCUAUAACUUUGGGAUCGUGCUGCUAGAGAUUCUUAGUGGAAGAAAAGCUUAUGACCGGGAUUGCACACCUCCAAGUAUUAUUAUCCGUUAA